AGGAGCAAUGGCGUCCAAAGAAGAACAAAUGCUAAAAAUUCGAAACAUGGAAAGCGCGCGACAGGAAAAAGAAGAAGGGUCGCAGCCCCUUGUACAGGAUGGAGAGGAAGAACAACAAGUGGGACGGGGUGAAGGCCAGAAGCCUGGAGGAAAAUGGGGGCUGAUUAGGCGAUUUAUCCCCAAUUUUCGAUGGGGCAUACCUAACAAGCAUGCUGAUCACAGUGAAGUGGGAGAUGAUGUAGAAAAGUUCGUAGGGCAGAUGGUGGAAGUCAAGAGAAAGGCUAAGGAGCAGCAGAUGAGGCAUUACAUGCGCUUCCAAACUCCUGAACCUGAUAAUCAUUACGACUUUUGCCUUAUACCAUGAAUCCCAAGGGAUAAUAAUUCCUGGGAUAAUAAUUUGGUCUCUGCUCUACAAGCUUGUUAGUUUUGUGAUUUACAUUUUCUGUAAACUGUUAGUGUUUCUACUUACCAGUUUCUAUUUGAUUAUUGGUUUUGGCUUAAUGUUAAUCUUUUUGGCAGCCCUGUUUUAGGAAAAAUAUUCUCUUCAUAAUUGAACUUAAUAAAGCAGUUUAAAAGCAG